AUGGCUUGGGUGGUACCCUUCGCACUCGCGGGCAUGGCAUUGUGCGCCGUGCUGGCGAUCACAACCCCUAUUGUCGAUACGACCUAUCUUACCUCUGGGUUUACUUCGACUUUCACUCUUGCGGUUGGUCUGUCUCGCGAAUUCUGCCGCCGAACCAUCAUGAGCAUCAACAUGGACCACGUCCUCAAGGAUCGCGCUCGCGCUUUUGCCGCCGAGCAGCUCCACAUCUUUCACCGCGAAGCAAAGACACUCCUCAUUCCAUACAUCGGUGUCUGCCGUCACGUCGUCACAGAUGUGAUUGAGAAAUACCCUCUCCUCCGCCUGGCAGAGGAGUAUCUUACAUCGUCCACCGGACUUCCCGCCGACUUCAGCCCACACACAGGCACUCUCUUCCUCCUAUUGGCGACCAACGUCUGCACGGCUAUCAUCUGCUUGUCCAUCGGUGCCACUAUCCUCGCUCCUUUGCGAAUCGUAUGGCGAAGCACCAAGCCACGGGCAAACCCUUGGGCUAAGCCGAAGACUACUUGGGAGACAGUUCUCGAAGCUCUCGCACCUGCUCUGGUCAAGCUCGCAGCGGCCGGGAUCAAUGGGCUGGUCUUCUGUGCAACAGGCUUGAUCUUUUGCGUUGGAAACAUCGUCAUGUACAUCGCCAAUCUCGACUUUGGAUUGCUUAUGGAGCGCUCCGCUCCUCAGGCCGAGCCGCGUCGGGUGUUUUACAAGACACUCCCUGAUCCACGCAUCCCAGAGUUGGAGGAGAACGCUCGCAAACUCGAGAAUGAAUUGCAAGAGAAAGACAAGAGCUUCGAAGACUACCAUAAACAAGCUGCUGCCGAAAUUCACGACCUCUAUGGGAAGAACGAAGUCUUGGAGAAGGCCAAUAUGGCUCAGAAGAUUAAACUCCGCGGGCACAUGAAGACGCAUGGUUCGAUCAACCUAACACGGCCCAUGUACGAGCAGCUCAUGGAGAAGGAUCAGCGCUACAAUGACCUCCAGGGAGACUUGAAACGCGCAGUCGAGGAGAAGACCCAGAUGCAGGAUGACUUCUGGAAGCAACUCAGCGAUAAAUGCGAAGAUAUCAAGUCACUGAAGUUCUCCGCGAGGGCUCAAAAGGAGGAGCAUGAGGUACUGCUGAGGUCACAGGAGUACCACCAAGAGCGAGCCAAGAGGGGCGAUGAAAUUUCCAAAGUUCAGACGGAGUUCCAUAAGGGUCGGAUCCAGGAGCUCGAGAAACUCAUGGCCUCACAGAAGGAGACCUUGGAAGCCCGCAUCAAGGAGCUAUAUGAACUCAUCGCUUCACACGAGGCGACCAUCAAGUCCCUUGAAGCGCAGCUCAAGGAGCGCGAUGAGGCCAACAACACACAGAAGGAAGCCAAGCAAGCUCUCGAAGCUCGGGUCGAGGAGCAAGACGCACGCCACUCUUCAGAGCAAAAGUCCCAGAAGGCCCACCUCAUGAAGGGCUUCGAGAGGGAGAGGAAGAAGUUGGUUGACUUAUCCCGACUCAGCUCUGAGGCACGUAAGGCCGCCGAAGAGAAGCACAAGGCCGCCGACGAAGCACGCAAGGUCGCCGACGAGGCUCGCGAGACUGCCGAACAGGCACGCAAGACCGAGGAGGAGGCGCGCAAGAGGGCAGAGCAGGACUCAGCGGCCAACUUGGAAGCACGCAAGACCGCCGAAGAUGCAUACAAGGCUGCCGAAGAGAAACUCGAGGCCGCCGAAAAGGCUCUCAAGGCUGCGGAGGACGCACGAAAGGCUGCCGAAGAGGAGUCGGCGGCGAACUUGAAGGCACUUCAGGCUGCUGAGGAGUCGCUCAAGGUUUCUGAAGAGGCACGCAAGGCCGCUGAAGAGGAGUCGGCAUCGCUGAGGGAGCAGCUGACCAACCGCCCUCCUUCUCAUGACAAGGGAACCCAAGCUUCGAGCCCUCCUCCUUCUCCCCAGAAGACGCCUCCUGGAUCACCCAGCCCGACGCCUCCUGGUUCGCCUGCCAAGGCGCCUGCUCGUCCACUCGGCAAGUCGUCUUGUCCUCCAAAGGGCCAGCGACCAUUUCUCCCGGCCAUUUCGGUCCGCAACAGGGUUGGUGCGAAGAAGCAAUUCAACUUCUCGGCGCCCAUCACUCCCAACAUCCCCGGAACCAACCCUUCCGCCCCUUCUCUAGGGCCCUUGAACCCGCCUGCUAUGCCCACCGCUCCGGCGCCGUCAACUCCGGAGCCCAACCCUUCUCCCGCGGCUGCCUCCGCUCCGGAGCCCGAGACUCCUCAGGUUGGCACUUCUAACCCGGAGUCCGCGACCGCUCCGGCCGGCUCCUCUACUCCGGAACCUACGAAUCCGGCUACUGAACCCUCCACUCCGAAGCCCGCGACUCCUCCGGCUGCUCCUUCCACCCCGGAGCCUACGAAUCUUCCUGCCGCUCCGGAGCCCACGACUCCUGAAGCUGCCACUUCCAACCCGGAGCCCAAGACCCCUCCGGCUGGCUCCUCCACUCCGGAGCCCACGAGUCCUUCAGCUGCUCCUUCCGCUCCGGCACCAUCUAGUCCGGAGCCCGAGACUCCUGAGCCUGCCCCUUCCCCGGAGCCUACGAAUCUUUCUGCCGCUCCCUCUACUCCGGAGCCCAAGACUCCUGAGGCUGCCCCUUCCCCGGAGCCCACGACUCCUCCUGCUGCUCCCUCGACUGCCGAGCCUGCACCGGCUGAGGGCAGCCCGGGAAAGUCUUCCGGCGGCUCCGCUGAGAGCAAGCAGCCCGAGUCUGUCAACUCUACCCCGGCUGAGGCUAGCCCUGUCAAGCCAGCCUCUCCGUCUGGUGAGGCGCCUGAGGUUCCAGAGCCUGCCUCUGCUUAG